CCAGCUUCACUCCGCGGCAGUCAGCGAGCUAGCACGUUCGCGAGGAACGGAGCGCGCUCGCGAUCGAACGCGAAAUUCAAAAUUAGAACAGCGAUAGGAAAAGUGAUAUAUCCCUGAGGGACGUGUUUUGUUUUGUCUAUGAUUUUUUUUGAGUGACUAUUGUUAGUUUUGUUUUGGUGGCAACAUGGGAUCUAUAAAAAUAUUAAGGCGAAGUCUAUGGCUUUUGGCGAUUGUGUCGCUACAGACACAGGCGCAGAAAAACAAAAUAGAAGACAGCAACAUACAAACUGUUCCUAGUGACUUAAGACGAGCAGUUAGCGAAGCGCUUGCUGUGGAAAGAAGGUUCCUGCUGGGAGCAAAUGAUGCUUACAAUUGUACUUCUGAGGAGGACGAUAUAAGCAACACGCCGUGUCCUCCGAGCAAGUACCGCAGUGCGAGUGGGGAGUGCAACAAUGUCAGGCAUCGACCGUGGGGCCGAAGAGGCGAUGUUUUCAUACGGCUUCUGCCUCCGAACUACGCUGAUGGUGUAUCACAGCCAAUGGCACCCCCACGUCUGCCGGAGCCUGCGCUUGCGAUCCAGGCGGUGGCUCAAUUGGCUCAGCCCGCAGAGCAUGACUACGUCACUAGCAUGCUGGCUGCCUGGGGACAGUUCGUGAUGGACGACCUGAUCGCCACUGCUAACGGAAAUAAGAACUGUGAGGGAUCAGUUUGCGAGUACAUGCGUUCAGCGCCGACAAGAAACUUCGAUAAUUGCGGUUUUGAACACAGGGAACAGAUGAACAUGGCAACGUCCUUAUUGGAUGGGUCUGCUCUCUACGGUAGCUCGGAAAAGGAGCUUCGGUCGCUGAGAUUGUACGACGCUGGGAAAAUGGACGUGGGCUCUUGUAGAAAAUGUAACGACGGCACACCUACAGCUCCUUUAUACAAAACCCUGUUGGCUGAGCACAACCGUAUAGCUGGCCAGCUGUACUCAAUGAAUCCUUUCUGGGAAGACAACACGCUGUUCUUAGAGGCUCGGAGAGCAAUGGCCGCUGUCAUCCAACAUAUUACUUUCAAUGAGUUCCUGCCAGUAUUAUUAGGAGAGGUGGGGAUGGCCAAAGCAGAACUGAAGUUGACUUCCCUCGGAUUCUGGCGCGGAUAUUCAAGUUCUAAUCGAGCUGGUGCGUACGCCGAAUUGGUCUCGGUUGCUCCAAUUUUUAACGCUAUGAUGAAUGAGAAAUUGCUAAACAAAACAGUAACUCUUCAAGAGCUGGUCAAAACAAAUUCCCACCAAGUUUCUAGGUUCCCAACGUCAGCCCAAUGGGGCCUCAACCGAGCUCGCGAUCACGGACUGCCUUCUUAUCUGAAAGUCCUACGUAUGUGCGAUCCUAUGGCAAAUGUCAAGUCAUACGCCGAUUUUGAAAAACUCGGAUUUGAUAGAACACACCAAGAAAUGCUGGCCGAUAUGUAUAGAAAUGCUGAAGACAUUGAACUUAUGGUUGCUGGCGCUAUUGAGAAACCAGCUUCUGGUGCAGUAAUUGGAUCUACAUUAGCAUGCGUUAUGGCAGUUCAAUUCGCUAACUUGAAGAAGAGUGAUAGGUUCUGGUAUGAAAAUGACAUUCCCCCAUCAUCAUUCGCUCCUGAACAACUAGGAGCUAUUAGAAAAGUAUCCCUUGUUGGCAUGCUGUGUGCUGCAGAUGGAACUCUUGGCCGUAUCCAACCAAAAGCAUUUGUCAAGGAAGAUCCGUACUUGAACGCAGCUCAACAGUGCUCACAGCAUAGCAGCCUGGAGCUAUCAGCUUGGCGCGACGAAUCUGGCGCUAAGGCCGCCGAGCGUCUCUCUCAAGACAUGCUUUCCGCUGCGAUGCACAAAGCAAAGCAAGAAAUGGCUGACAGGAAGAAACUUGAGUACAUGUUGUGGGAAGCGCAUGGAGGGGCCGAUCCUAAGUCACCAGUAGGAACUGCGGCCUCAUUCUCAAAGGCUAACAAGUACGCGCUGAAGCUUGCGAACACUUCACUGUUCUUUGAGUUCGCGACCAACGAACUACUCAAUUCUGUUAAUGGGCGUCGUCGUAAGCGUCAAAUCUUCGGAGAUUCCCUUGGUUUUGGUUCAGCAAACGACUUCGUGGACUCCUUACAAUCUGUGGACGUCAGUAGUUUCCUGGGUCAGGACCAACUCGGCCCGAUCAUUGAACCACAAUGCGAUGACAGCGGUAGCUGCGAUCCUGACAAUCCAUUCAGAACGUACACCGGCUUCUGUAACAAUUUAAGAAAUCCCAACUUGGGGAAGAGUUUGACGACCUUUGCGAGAUUACUGCCACCCGUAUAUGAAGACGGUGUAAGCCGGCCGCGAAGCAACUCCGUAACUGGAACUCCUCUACCGUCACCUCGUAUAGUGUCGACAGUUAUCCACCCGGACAUCUCAAAUCUGCACACUCGCUACACUUUGAUGGUUAUGCAGUUCGCGCAAUUUCUCGAUCACGAAUUGACUAUGACUCCAAUUCAUAAAGGUUUCCACGAAUCCAUUCCUGACUGUCGGUCAUGUGACUCGCCGAGAACCGUGCACCCUGAGUGCAAUCCAUUCCCAGUACCUCGCGGGGACCACUAUUACCCUGAAGUCAACAUCACAUCGGGUGAACGACUCUGCUUUCCAUUUAUGAGAAGUUUACCAGGACAACAGCAAUUGGGACCUCGUGAACAAGUUAACCAAAACACGGCAUUUAUCGACGCAUCAGUCAUCUACGGAGAAAAUCCUUGCAUCGUCCGCAAGUUGCGAGGUUUCAAUGGACGCCUUAACGCUACCGCUAACCCUCUCAACGGCAGAGAUCUGUUACCGCGCUCUGACAGCCAUCCUGAGUGCAAGGCCGCUAGUGGAUUCUGUUUUAUUGCUGGUGAUGGCAGAGCAUCAGAGCAACCUGGUCUAACGGCCAUCCACACAAUCUUCCUACGCGAGCACAACCGUGUGGUGGAAGGCUUACGAGGAGUCAAUCCUCACUGGGACGCUGAUCUAUUGUUCGAGCACGCCCGUCGUAUCGUCGCCGCGACAUUGUCCCAUGUCAUCUACAAUGAGUUCCUGCCCAGAUUGCUUUCCUGGAACGCUGUAAAUCUAUACGGACUCAAACUGUUACCUUCUGGUUACUACAAAGAAUACUCGCCUACUUGCAACCCGGCUAUCGUGACUGAAUUCGCAGCUGCUGCCUUCAGAUUUGGUCACUCGCUAUUGAGGCCGCACUUACCUCGCCUAUCGCCAAACUAUCAACCUGUUGACCCACCUAUCCUACUUAGAGACGGAUUCUUCAGACCUGACAUGUUCAUGAACCAUCCACCAAUGGUAGACGAGCUUGUCCGAGGCCUUUCAUCCACACCCAUGGAAACACUUGAUCAAUUCAUCACUGGCGAAGUUACCAACCAUCUUUUCGAAGAUCGCAAAAUCCCCUUCUCUGGCAUCGAUUUAGUAGCUCUUAACGUGCAAAGGGCGAGAGACCACGGUGUUCCGAGUUACAAUAACUACAGAGCCCUUUGCAACCUAAAAAGAGCCACUACUUUCGAUGACUUGGCUAGAGAAAUACCCGAUGAAGUUAUUGCUAGAUUCAAGAGGAUAUACGCAACUGUGGACGACAUCGAUCUGUUCCCGGGCGGUAUGAGCGAGCGACCACUACAAGGUGGUCUUGUUGGGCCAACUUUCGCAUGCAUCAUCGCCAUACAGUUCAGACAGCUUAGAAAAUGUGACCGCUACUGGUAUGAAAACGACAAUAGAGCGGCGAGAUUCACGGAACAACAACUGUCGGAAAUUCGUAAGACUACUCUGUCGAAGAUUCUGUGCGACAACUUUGACGUGGCCAGUGAUAUCCAACGUGCCGCUUUUGAUUUGCCUAGCAACUUCCUGAAUCCACGUGUGCCAUGCUCAUCUCUGCCCAAAAUAGACUUAUCUGCGUGGCGUGAAAGUUCCACUCAGGGCUGCCUCAUCGCCGCUCGUAACGUACCACUCGGAGACUCGGCGUUCCCCUCACCCUGUACUUCUUGCAUAUGUUCUGUUGAAGGGGCCCAAUGCGCGUCCCUGCGCAUAACAGACUGCGCGCAACUAUGGCGCGAAUGGCCGCGAGAGGCCGUAUUGCGUGAUGAUGUGUGCACCGCUCAGUGCGGCGCUGCGCCUGCGCAACCGCGCGCACCCAGACGACAAAACAUCAACUUCAAGUUCCCCGACCUCACACCCUUCAUCGCUAAGUGAGGAACAGAGUAAGCGAGGUGAAAGAUACCUUUCGUAUCAAUGAUAGGUACGAGUGAUAGACUAAAGAGUACAGUGCCCACUGCCGAUAUAUUGAUUUAUUGAUAUACUCAUAUCGAUCAAGAGAGACAAAACAUUCGUAUCCUACUAACUUAUUUUAGUGUACAAAAGUUUUAAAAUCUAGCUAAAGUCUCAUCGACAAGUUAACAGUCAAAUAAUUUUAUAAACGUGUGUUUUAAUACAAAUUGUCAACGAAAGUAAAUGUUUUGAAAAAUCCAAAAGGUUAUAAGAACAUACAAUUCUUGCUUACUGAUAUUGUGAUUAGGGCCCCUUGGCCCUAGUGAAUGUUUUCAAUUACCAAAUCGAGCGGAAAUAUAUUAACGACCUAAUUUAAUCGCUGAAUGAAUUAUUUUUCGAAAAAACGUUAUCCCGUAACGUUAUAGGUGGGUCCGCUUUCCGGCAUAUUCUAGCCCACUUCGCUCGGUCUUGAGUAUCUGAUUUUUUUUCUCUAUUGGCUCCCAGAUCUCCAUUCACGAUGUCUAGCCAGCGCUUUCUUGGACACUUGUCUCAAAUAAACUCUUGACAAGUAUACAUGUUUACACGAUGGCAAACUUAUAUUAAACUUUUAAUAUCGUUAAUCAUCGUCAUAUUCAAAUCGAUUGUGCACGUCCUUAUUCAUUAAACUAUCUACGUUAGUGAUGCUCCAUCUUAUUCUGUAUUCACUCAUAUGAAAAUUAGGGCCCACGUUAGUUUGUCUCUCUUGUUUGAAAAUAUAUGUGCUUGUGAAUGGUGAAGAAAACAAUCGUGAAUAUUCUUCUAGUGAUGUGUUUAUAAUAAACCCAGUGAUGUGAACGGUUUUAGCAAAAGAUAAAAACAUUACAAGUCCCCACAUGUGUUGAUACUUGGGUUUUGUAUAAUGUAAUUCUACUUGUCAAUGGUGCUAUAGAAGCUGUUGAAUCUUAAAUGAAAUUUAUUUAUUA